CUUCCCCGCACUGCCCUGGUGCCCUUCACUUUCGCGUCCACCUUCCAUCCUUCCCGCGCCAUUGCACGAAACCACCUCUAGGCGUUUCAGCUGAAGUCUCUCUGUUCACGAUACUUCUUUGAGAUGAUCGGCGCUUGUUCCAGAUCAUGCGUCUCCUAACACUCAAAGAUGGCGAAUUCAGCCUGACCAAAGAUCUUCAUAGGGACAUCCCCCCUUACGCUAUCCUCUCACAUACCUGGGGAAAGGACGAAGAAGAGGUUACCUUCAAAGAUGUGGUGGAACGUACAGGACUGGACAAGACUGGAUUUAGAAAAAUUCGGUUCUGCGGAGAGCAGGCUGAUCGCGAUGGCCUUCAACAUUUCUGGGUUGAUACUUGCUGCAUCGACAAGCAGAACAGCGCAGAGCUUGCAGAAGCUAUCAACAGUAUGUACCGCUGGUACCAAAAGGCGCACACGUGCUACGUCUAUCUGUCCGAUGUUUCAACAAAGAACCAAGCCUCCUCCGGCGCCUGGGAGUCAGCGUUCCGGAGAAGCAGAUGGUUCACUCGUGGCUGGACGCUUCAAGAGCUUAUAGCUCCGCCAUCGGUUGAGUUUUUCUCCUCAGAAUGCCAUCAACUCGGCGACAAGAAGACGUUAGAGCGACAACUUCACGAGAUAACUGGUAUCCCAGUCCGGGCCCUCCGGGGCGCCAUUCUGACUGAGUUUAGCGCCGACGAGCGAAUGUCAUGGGCUAAAAACCGCCAGACCACACGUGAAGAGGACCAGGCCUACUGUCUGCAGGGUAUACUAAACAUCUUCAUGCCACCCUUGUAUGGCGAGGGAAGACACCAUGCAGACAAGCGGCUUCGAACGGAAAUUCAACGCAAUGUCGGUGGGAUGCUUUCUUCCGAGUGGCCUGCACAAGAUCACAAAAUGGCACAGCACGAGCCCUUUCCCACUGUUCCAUUGAGUGGAAGCCGUCACUUCAUAGCAGUGCAAGCGGAUACUACCAAACCAGGAAUAGAAAGACGAGCAGGCGCAGCCAUUAGACUUGUUCACCUCUUCAGUGCAUGCCUGCAGGCUCUCGACCAGUUUAUGGUGUAUAGAGAGUUCGGAGCCGACGCGCAUCACCUAGAAACUCGAUUCGUCGCUGAGAAAUUCCGCUUCGAGCAAUGGGGCAUGGCUGUCGGUUUCCAGCAGGGGAAGUUCUUCAAUGGUAACGACAGCGCCCUCGAAGAUCCACAGGCACUUUCGGGGGUCGAGCAACUGUUAUCGAGCAUCAAAGAGAUUUGCAGCAAGGCAGACGAUGCGUUCCAGGAGCCCAAGCUAGGGGCUCAUGGACUGCCAAGAAGCCAGACUGGGUCUCAUCAGAGCGCACUACCCCAGUCCAAAAAGAGCCGGUUCAGAGAUAAAGUCAAAUACACAGCCCAAGUCGAACUCCUCGGGAAGCUAGUGCGGAGAUUGCAGGAUUUGGUGCCUCUUAAUGGGUCCAAGAAUCCACGCCUCGAAAGGCGAGGUCCUAUGGCUUCUCACGAUGCUGCCGACGAUCCCACGGACGAUAGGGCUUGGGCUACCGAGUUCCAACAGAUCCUAGUCAGAAUUGAGAGAGAAAUGGAAGCCGAGACGCGAAGAACCGUGAGCGCCUGGCUGCUGGGUGGCUACACUCCGAAUGGGCUCUACGAGGACUCUGCUCAGAAGAGAGUAGCCGGCACAUGUGACUGGAUCUUAGACCGACCCGAGUUUCGGAGCUGGGUGUCGCCGGAUUUCCCAGCAGGAUCCGCCAAGCUUCUCUGGAUCCAUGGGCCAGCCGGGUUCGGAAAGACCAUUCUCUGCUCUAGAGUUGUCGAACGCCUACCGUCCGAGAUUGGAGCACCCAUUGCGCACUUCUUUUUCUCCUCCGAUUUUGAAAGCCGCAGAGAUCCCUAUAUCGCCAUAAGGUCGUGGAUAUUCCAAGUAAUCUUACAUCCAAAAGCGUUUGAUGUGGUCUACGAGGAGUGGGAAGCCCAGUAUGGGCGGGCAGCAACACAGGCGCAUGUUGUUACCAUGUUCCACGACGUCGCCCAUGCCAUACCCGAGUGCACUUUCGUUUUGGACGGGCUGGACGAAUGCAGCUGGACGGGUCAGGACCGAUGGUUGCACGACAAGGACCCCAUGGGUGCAUUUCUCAACACCAUCACACGGGCCGUUGUGGAUACCAAGACUCGGAUCAUGGUUGUCAGCCGUGAUGAGCCUAGAAUUCGACGAGGCUUGCCCAGCUAUGUGAGCGAGUAUAAGAUAUCCUCGGAAGACGUUCGACCCGAUACGGAAUCGUAUGCCAGGAGUAUUGUCGACCGAAAGCUGUCUAAGAAAUCGGAAGCGACGAAGAAUGAUCUCGCUCUGAGGAUGGCUGGCCGUUGUAAUGGCCAAUUUCUAUGGCUGAAGAUGCAAGACGGUUCCUUGGACAGCUGGAUGAGCAAGAAAGCGCUUACGGAAGUGAUUGACGAAACUCCGGCCGGGCUUGAGCAUCUAUACGAUCGAAACUGGGACGACAUAUUGAGAUUCCCACGCUUGAAAAGGAGUCGCGCCUUCGACCUACUACGUUGGGCAGCCUUUGCUCUACGACCCUUGACGGUUUGCGAGAUGAUCGAAGUUCUUCUUGUUAACGACGAAUGCGAUAAUCUCCCAGUUGACGAAAUACCGGACACCGUUGAUGAAGACUAUGUCGAUUGUGCGAUAAUCGGCCUCUGUGGUUCAUUGCUUGAGGUUAGAGGCAACUCAUCAGAACCGCAUGUAGGAUGCAGAACAGUACACUUAGCCCAUUUCUCUGUCAGGCAGUACUUUGUUUCUAAGAUGUCAGCGCCUGCUAGCGUCUUGGUUACGAAUGAACGACUAAGGUCCUCGAACGAAGCUAUUCAGAGCGGCAUACUCGGCAGGCUGUGUCUCCGUUACCUUAGCUUCCGGGGCGUAUGGCAAGAGCCUCUCCAGGCCGAGGCUAGUCAAGUCAAGGGGUCGUUCCGAGACUACGCAGCAGGCUUCUGGUAUCGGCAUGCAACUGUAUGCGAGCCAAUCGACGCAGAUACAGUCUGCCUUAUAAACACUUUCUUUGAUUCGAGCAAUUCGAACUGGGAUGCCUGGAGGGCGUGGUUUGACCAAAACGAUGCAGAAUCAGAUACAGUCGAAGGAAAUAUUGCUGUUACAAUAGCCAGCCCUCUAUACUAUGCAUCGCGACUUGGCCUGGUUGAAACAGUCAGAAAACUCGCACGGGAACCAAAUUAUAUUGUGAAAGAAAAUGCAAUUUCAGGCAGAACAGCUUUAGGGGCUGCCUGUAGCAAAGGCCACAUGGGGAUGGUGCAUAUACUACUACAAGCAGGAGCCAGCAUUGCGCAAACGGAUAAUAUCGAGAGAACCCCGCUAUAUUUGGCUUCUUGGAAGGGACACGAUAGUUUGUUGAAGCUUCUUCUCCAGAAGGGAGCCGACGUCGCAAUUCCAAACAAGUACGGAGUAACAUCGCUCAAUUCGGCUUCGGGCGAAGGACAUGUCGACGUAGUCAGGCUUCUUCUCGAGAAAGGGGCCGAUAUCACAGUUCCAGACAUUGACGGAUGGACGCCACUCAAUUCGGCCUCGAGAAACGGG